GAUGGAAGAUAAACUGCAGCCUAAAAGGUUUAAUAAUGACUCUUUGUCAGAAUGGACUUCGAUUGACAAAGGAGCCUUUGGCUUUGUGUAUAAGGCCUGGCAUGAGAAAAUGGGACACUAUGUGGCUAUUAAACUACUUAAUGAUGUCAGUUUGGAGACAACGCUGUUAAACGAGGCUAAAUUUCAGAAUGUGUUCUCCUGUCAAAAUGUCCUGAGGAUUUAUGGCAUUUAUGAGGGAACUCCUCCUGAUGAACAAGUCAAACAAAAAGGAAUGGUCAUGGAGUUCAUGAAAAGAGGAUCUGUUAAGACUCUUUGCAAAAACUUGUCAGGUCCUCCACCGUUUGUACUUGCCUGCCGUUUGAUCCAUGAAGUGGCUUUAGGAAUGCGUUUCCUUCACUCAGAGGGUUUCCUGCACCGUGACCUAAAACCACAGAAUGUAAUGUUAUCUGAUGAUCUUCAUGCCAAGCUGGCAGAUUUUGGUCUGUGCGUAUUGUCCAUCACUAGUAGCAACAAUCAAGAAGGAACAUCCAAUCAAAAUGAAAAGCGCAAUGCAGGCAGCUUUAAGUACAUGCCACCUGAAGCUUUCAAUGUAGAUUACAAACCUGCUCGUUCUUUUGAUGUGUAUAGCUUUGCUAUAUUUAUAUGGACCAUCCUUUCUGGAAAAGAACCUUAUCCAAUUGCUAAUGAGAACAGGGUGAAAAAACAAGUCUGUAAAGGUCAAAGACCCACUCUUGUUGACCUAUCAAAGAAAGAUACCGCAGAAAUGAAAGAUUUCCUGGAUCUAAUGGAGAAGUGCUGGGAAGGUGAUCCAAAGAAGAGGCCAACAUUUGAAGAGAUUACGCCCAUGGUUCAGAAGAUGUAUUUGAAACAUGAAGGUGAAAUCCAUGAUGAGGUCUGCAAGGUUUUGAAAAAGCUGGCAAGAAAAGAGAAUGUAAAAAAGAUAAAUUGA